AUGUCCGCCUUUUCAGCCAUCCACUCUCACGCACCAGCCGCCUUCAACUGGCUUGAUGCUAUGUCUGCAGACAAAACAUUCUUUGAUCCAAGAACCAGUGAUCUUCACCGGUUCCCUCUUCCCUCCCGAGGUCCAUCUUACCCAAUGGAUGACCUCGAUGUCACUGUCCCAGCACUGGUUGCUCCAACGCCUAUCAAGUCAUCAGUGACUACCUGGGUUAAAAAGAGCAUGGGCACCUGGGAGACCGAAGGCUUUGAGCCCCUCUCCGACGACGACAUCGAGCUUCACGCCGAUGUCAAUGACGACAACGACAGCCUCGAGGGUAUCGAGCUUAAGCAACUCCAACUGGAGGUCUUACCUCCAUACCCCAAACAGUUCGCAGGCAACUCACUGCUCAGCCUGCACGACCAAAUCCAGUCGCCCCGGAAGCAACAUCACUCUUCCUCGCGACUCUCAAUUCAACGAAUUCGCUCGGUUCCACACGCCGAGAUGUACGAAUAUGCGCCGCCCGAGGAGCCUAUUCUCUAUCACCCAAUUCUCAUCGACCCAGUCGUUGAGCCCUCUGCUUACGCCUUUUCGGACUCGUCAUCGUCCAUGGCUAGCUCGGUGGAGGCAAACACCCAAAAUGUUGGAAAAUUGAUUGCCAACAAGGCGGUCGGCCUACUUGCCAUCGGCCGAGUUGCCUAUUCUGCCGUAACGCCAACAUGCAAUUGCGCCCCGACAUCAACACCGCAUCCCUCAUUAGCCCCCCCCCCCCCCAAAUCUCCAAUCCCCGUUAACUACAAGAUGGAUCCUUUCUCAGCAGAGGGCGAGCUCCUCAACAUUCACAAUGCUUUCCACUCCGGCCAAUACCAGACCGUGAUCGACUUCGACACUGCCGCCCUCUCCCCCGAGAACCAACUCCCCGCCCGUGUGCUCAAGCUCCGCGCUCAGAUUGCCCUUGGUCAGACUGAGGAGGUCAUUGAUGCCGUCUCCACCGAAGAGGAUACCCCCGACCUCGCUGCCACCAAGGCUUUGGCCCAGCAGACCGCCGGCGACAGCGACGCCGCCCUUCAGCUCGCUCAAGACCUCGCCGAGAACUACCCCGAAAAUGCCACCGUACAAGUCCUUGCCGGCACAGUGCUGCAGGCCAAUGAGAACAGUGAGGAGGCUUUGGCGCUGUUGUCCAAGCACCAGGGUAACCUGGAGGCUGUCGCCUUGAUUGUUCAGAUUCAUCUCCAGCAAAACCGCACCGAUCUUGCCCUGAAGGAAGUCCAGGCCGCCAAGCGCUGGGCUCAGGACUCCCUGCUCGUCAACCUGGCCGAGUCCUGGGUUGGCAUGCGAGUUGGUGGCGAAAAGUACCAAUCCGCUUUCUACGUCUACGAAGAGCUCGCCUCUGCCCCCAGCACCUCCGCCGCCCUCUCCAUUGUCGGCCAAGCCGUGGCCGAACUCCAUCUCGGUCGUCUCCCCGAAGCCGAGGCCGCUCUCACCACCGCCCUGGAGCAAUAUCCCGAUAACGCAGAGUUGAUUGCCAACACCAUCGUAUUGAACGUGUUGGCGAGCAAGCCCAGCGCAGACCUGGAGGCCCGACUACAACAGGUGCAGCCCUCCCACGCCCUCCUCGCCGACAUUCAGGAGAAGAGCGAAUUCUUCGACGCCGCGGCGGCCAAGUACUCGCCGAAGGUGUCCUCGUAG